AUGAGGGUUUCCUUUGGCCUCCCGCUUCAUCGAGCUAGUUUCGGCCUUGUUGGUGUCAUUGUCUCUCUGUACGGGUGCGUAGUGCCUGCUCCAGAGGGUGUGUUCCCAGCCACGGGUCUUGGACCCGCUGCUUGGAAUCACCAGGGAUCCCUCGCUCAGAUAAAGGCAGAGUCGAAGGGCGCCCUUUCUAUUUCACUCUGCAACGGAAACCCAUGCGGACCCCAUGGCAACUGCAUCCCAAAUGCUAGUUCGUACACUUACAGUUGUUCGUGUGAAGGAGGUUACGUGGAAGUAACAACUGGCAACAAAGCAACGUGCCAAAGAAAAGAUGCCUGUGACACCAGCCCAUGUGGAACCAAGGAUGCGGUGAAAGAAUGCAGGCCUAACGGGCAGUAUUACGCGUGCAUUUGUCAGACUGGGUAUCAGUCAGUCACAACAAAUGCAGGCCCAAGAUGCCAGCGAAUCAAAUCGACAACUACGCCAUGUUCUUCUAACCCAUGUGGCGGAACAGAGGCAGUGGCUGCUUGUCUCGUGACGGGAGCAACAACAUAUUCGUGCACAUGUCAGCCAGGCUAUGAACCGGUAACUACGGACCAGGGAGAAACGUGCCAGAAAACAGAUCCCUGUGUAAGCAAUCCCUGCGGAUCGUCGAAGUAUGUGCUAUCAUGUACUGCCACUGACGCCGGCUACACUUGCGAGUGUGCACAGGGAGCGCAGAAGACUGGUUCCGAAUCAGCACCGACGUGCGUCGCUAGUGACACAGAUAUGACCCAGUGGUACGUGAUCGGUGGCAUCGGCGGAUGCCUUUGCCUGUUUGCUGUGGUUUAUUUGGUGAAGUCCAAGCCAUCACCAAACCCCAACGAUCCAUUGUAUGCCCACGAUUUCGAAGGUAUGUAUUGA